CCGCACGCUAAAAGCAGCAAAUGGAGCCGAUAACGAGUGUAGACCUAGUGAACAUAUACCUAGACGAAAUCGAGAGACACAAUGGAUAUCUUAAAGCUGUGAUCUGUACUGCCCCUCGUAAGGGCUUGGAACAGCAAGCGUCUCAACUCGAUGAAGCUCGCCGUGCGGGGCGCCUGAGGUCUCGUCUUCACGGAAUUCCGAUUUUGAUAAAGGACAAUGUGGCUACACAUCCAAGCUUAGGCAUGGAAACAACCGCAGGAGCGCUUGCACUAAGAGGCUCGAAGCCGAAGUGCAAUGCAGAUAUUGUGGACAAGCUGAUUGAUGCUGGGGCCAUUAUCAUCGGGAAGGCCAACUUGUCGGAACUUGGAUUUUUCAAAGGGGAAGGCUUGCCUUGCGGAUGGUCCAUGGUUGGAGGGCAGACCCAGUCAGCUUAUGUUCGAGGCGGCGUGCAGCCCGACGACACACCUGGUGGCCACAGUAAUCCUACUGGAUCCUCAUCUGGUUCUGCAGUGGCUGUCAGCGCAGGUCUCUGCCCAGUAUCUAUUGGAACUGAAACCGCUGGCUCAUUAGUCGAGCCAUCGUCAAGGGCUGCUCUUUACACAAUCAGAGCCACACCAGGCCUCAUACAACAGAAAGGCAUAGUCCCACUGUCUUCGCUUUUCGAUACCGCCGGCCCAAUCACAAAAAGUGUAGUCGACCUUGCCGAUCUCAUGGACAUUUUAGUGAACGGACCUUCGACGGAUAACCUCGAACGGAGCUACAGAUCGUACAUCACGAAAUCAUGGGCUGACAUAGGAGUCGCCGCUGUCAAUCCCUCCAUAUGGAAACUGCCGGAAAGCUUUUGUCGACCUGUGCCAGCAAUCGAUGAACAGCUCGUCGCAGAGUACGAACGUGCAUAUCGCAAAAUCGAAUCCCUGGCCAGGAAUUUCAGAGGAAACGUCCCUUUACCUACGACAGAAGCCUUGCAAAUGAAUGACGGCCCAGCCUUCAAGAAGGUGUGCGAUGAGAGCAAAGUACGAAGUCUUGAAGAGCUAGUCGCUUUCAAUAAAGCACAUCCAGGCGAACAAACUUUCCCAUCCAAUUCUCAACAAAGCUUCCUUGAAGCUGGCCUCAACCACAAAUGGACAGACAAAGACGUCAAUGAGGCUCUCACAUUCAUGCGGAGAGUGGCACGAGAUGAAGGUAUCGAUAAGAUACUUCAAGAUUCUGGAGCCGAUGUGAUUAUUGGUCCUGCGAAUAGCGGGCUUCCUACUAUUGCGGCUGCAGCAGGCUAUCCCAUUGCCACGCUACCUCUGGGAUAUGCUGAUUACAAUGGCCGGCCCUUCGGUCUAGCAGCUAUAGCGCGGGCUCACCAAGAGGGUACAUUGAUCAGAUUACAAAGCGCUUGGGAGGUCACAUUCGAGCCACGGUUUCAAGUCCCAAAGUCACAGCGCUUCUGGCCAAGCGACGAGAAAGUCAUCCAGCAUCACAGUUAG